AUGAGAGAUAAUAAUUACAUUCAUCAAGAACCAAAUUCUGAUAAUAAAAGUCAAUACAUUUUACAAAGUGAAGAUGAAUAUAUUAAUACAGUUAAAAUCAAUAACAUGGAAACACGUUUAUCGAUGUCUCAAUUAGAAAAUUCGUCUACGUUAAAUACAAAAAAAGAAUGGCAAGAAAUCAAAGAUAAUGAAUUUCGAACCUUUGAUCUUACCGAAGUUAUAAAUAAAUACGGAAGUUAUCCAGAAUUAUUACAGUUAAUAUUAUCUAGUAAAGUGGAGGAAGAUAGACGAAAAACAGAAGAAGCAAAAUUACGUCAAAAGGAAUUAGAUUAUUAUCUUUUAAGUAAAGAUUUAACUCCUCAAAAUUACUAUUGGAAUUCAUCAAUCACUUCUUGUUUAUCAACUUUAAAACAUGAAGAGCCGCAAAAGCAAAUGAAACGAAAGAGGGGAGAAGAAGAGGUUCAAUUAUAUCGAGAAGAAUCAUCCAUAUUUGCUGCUGCUUCGUCCCACCUUUCUUCUUCUAUUCAGCAAAUAAGUUUGUCUGAUGAGACACAAAAUGGCACAAAUCAAAUAUUAACUUCAUUAUCAGCAGAAUUAAACCAUAAUAAAACAAUAUCAAGCCCAACAGCUAUUCUUGAAUUGCAAUCGCUAAAUAACUCUAUAACUAGUAAUAGUAAUGAUAAUAACAAACCCAUACCAGAAGAUAUACUUCCACCAAUCGGUAUUACCACUCAAGCAUAUAGUCCUAGCAAUGAUGAAAAAGCCGAGACAGUGAGCAAUAAUAAAAGCGUUCGAAGCUAUUCUACACUAGACUCGUUUGAAGCAUCCAUUAUGGAGACACUUCCUAUAAACAAUAGAUUGAAUACUUUAAAUUAUUCAUCAUCAGAAUGUGUUGGAAAAUCAUUUAAUAAUAAGAGUGUAUUAUUAGCUCAGAAACACGAUGUAGACAUCUCUUUGAAAAUGACAGAUAAAAAUUUGUAUGAAGAUGAAAACAAAAGCCUUUUAAACACAAUGUCAAGAAAAGUUCCGAUACCACCUAAUAACCGUUCAAAUAACAAACAACACAUAUCUUUGAACAGCUCACCAAUUAGACAAAGUAGACGAAGAAAAGAAAUGCAAGCUAUCACAAUGAUUAUUGAGACAAAAGAAUUUCCUUAUGAUGAUAAACAUGCUUGGAAGAAUAAUGGCAAUACUGUACAUAAAAAGACAGCACAGCGAAAUUCCACUAAUCUUUGCCUGUAUUUAUCAAGAUAA